AUGCAUCACAUUGAAAGCAAAGUUAUGCAGGAGCUAAAGCAGCUUUCCCAUUCACAAAUUAUAAGCAUAACAAAAGAAUUCAUUAAUAAAAAGCAAGGAAGCGAAGGCUUUUAUAAAGCUCUAAUUGAGCGGUGUACACACUUAUGAAACCAAGAAAAUGCAUCAUCUGUUGCAGAAGCAGUCAAAGCAUUUUCAGGAUAUGCAUCAAUGAAGCCAUAUUUCAAAGAAGUUCUGGCUCAAACACAGCCUUUUAUUGAAUCUGGGUUAUACACUCUAUCAUUUAAUGAUCUUUCUCAAGUAUCAUAUGUUUUAAGAUCUCACAACAUUGGAAAUUGGUCAUUUUAUAGGAAAAUAAAUGGACAAAUGCUCAAAUCUAUCCCGAAUGAGAUCUCACAGCAGGAUAUUGCAAAGCUCACAAAUUGGCUUGCUGAGCCCUUGAAAAAGAUACCAUAUGAAGAAAGUAUAUACAAAGAAUUAGGACCCAAAAUCCAAUUUUCAAAUGAUUUGAUAAAGAUCCUCCAAGGCUUUAUUUUGGCAGAAAAAAUUGAUUUUCAUAUGCUUUCAAAAAUCUCAUCGCUUUUACAAGAAAACAUUGAGAAGUUAUCAAGUGAGGAUGCAGAAAUGGCUCUUCAUUUAUUUUCAAGAUGCAAACUUUCAGACAAAAAACUAUAUGAAGCUCUUGAAUUUUCUAUUGCGAAUAGAGGAACAUUCGGUAAUUGGAUCCAUGCAAUUCAAGACCUCAGAUCAUUAGCAUUUUGUCCUAAAAUACUUUUCAAGAAAUGCUUGGAUAAUCUUAAUGAUGCACAAACUUUAUUUGAGCUUUUGGUUUUAGAGCAGUCCUUAAGACAAUUUAAUCAAGAAAUUCCGGAUGGAUUUUGGCACCAUCGAAGGGUUUUAUUUUUCCAAUCUCCUUUGAAAGCUUCUAUAAAGAAUAUAUAUUUGAGAUACCUAUUAGGAUUAGGAUUAGGAUUAUUUAAAGCCAGGCAUUAGCCAUAUUGGUGACGCAGUCACCAAAGACCUCCCGUACAGGAGGCUCAUCCGCUUUUCGACUCCAGCCCAGAGGGUCUAUCCCUCUUACGAGUGCCCUUCCGGUACCUUCUGUCUCCUCCUUGCCUUAAGGCUUCAGUCUUGAGUGGGCGGUUUAUGGAUUUCUGCGGCCCUACUACGGGCGAUUGGAGUAGCUUGAUUACAGGGAUCAACUCCUUGGAGUCUAUCGGGUGUCGAAGUGCCUUUCUUCGACAGCUACAGGAAAAAGACUGUUCCCCUGUGGCCUGGGCCGAAACCCCCAGUUUCUCGGUAGAGGAAUGCCCAUGGGUCCUCGGAUCCAAAGGACGCUGUCGAGCACCUCCAUUUCCAACCACAGGAAAGCAGCCAAAACCUACCCGGAUACACACCUCUAGAGCCUGCACUAGAUUCUCAGCUCGGAGUCCGUCCCAGUUCGCCGUAGCCAUAAGGUCUGGACUACUGCGCCAAGAGGGCAGGUUGACACGUGUCGCCAUUUUAAUGUAUAUCUUGAGAUACCUAUUACUCAGAAAUACUGAAAACGAGAUCAUAAUUAACGAAUUUUAA